GUGUCCUCGUCUGGUUACUUACAAAUCCCCUGACUUGUUUCCAGCUAGUGUUGUAGUUCUGUCCUAAAUUCACUAAAGUGAAGUCGUGACCGAUACUUGACCGAAAAUGGGUACCAGCUACAUGGGAAUGGCAGCCAAACGGGGCACCAUAUUUAUGGUGGUGUGCAUCGGACUAGUAGCGACCGUUCGCAGUGUGACAAUGGCCAACGAGCGAGUUGGUACGGUGGGAGACGAGUGUGUCGAUGAGGUGUCCGAGAGACGACACUACUCGGAUCGUCGUAUCGACCGGUUGGAUCAGGAUCAAGAGCAACGGCUGCUGCUGUUCAAUCGGGAGGCAAACCUCAAACCCAGGCACGAUCAUUCGGACGAGCGCCGUGGUGUGGAGCGUCUUGAAGAGCGCCGUGAAAUUCGUGACAACCGAAUGCUGGUCCGUGAUCGUGCCGAUCGCCGUGAAGAAGGACGGCUUGAUGCGGACCGACGACGGGAGGAUCGCAUGGAGCGCCUGGACGAGCAGAGGGUUCGUGCGGAUCGUCGUGACGAGCCGGAACGUCGGGAAGAAGCCCGUCGAGUUGUGGAUGCCGAUCGGAGUGAACGGGCACGCAUUGAACGCACGGAUCGUGCGUCCGUCGGACGUCGUGAGGAUCGCCAAGAACGGGAACGUUGCGAGUCGGAACAGGAACGAAGUCGGGAGGAAACGCGCCGCUCCGAUGAGCGACGAAAUGAAAGAGCUGGUCGCCGUGAAGUGGAACGUCUGAAUAGGAGUGAGAAUCGUCGUGAGUCGUCUGAACGUCGUGAAAAUGAGCGUCAAGAUAGGAGUGAGAAUCGCCGCGAGGCGUCUGAACGCCGUGAGGAUCGUCGAGAAAAUGAGCGUCAGGAAAGGAGUGAGAAUCGUCGUGAGGCGUCUGAACGCCGUGAGGAUCGUCGGGAUAACGACCGGGAACAAGCUGAUAGUCGUCGGGAGCGAGAAGAUAGCAGAGAGCAGGAAAGGCGUGAACGCGUUGUCCCCACCGAAGAACGUCGUGAGCGAUUCGAAAGAGUAAACACCUGGGACGCCCGAGACGUCGAAUACGAGGAUAAAUUGAUGGUCGUCCAGCAGGAGAACGCAUUUUUCUACCAACUGCUGCAAACUGCGGCCGUGGUCGGUCUUCUCGGUUACUGGCUACUGAAAGGUGGCCAACAGGGCGACCAAAUGGAGCCAAAGAAACCGUCCAAGAUGUCCCAGGCCAUCAACAAGCUACUGUUCCAAGUACCUGUGAUGGGCGACAAGGAGUAAGCAACCCCAACGGCUCGAUGUGACCGGUAGAUCGAUAUUCAUGGCUGAAGUAAACCACUCGAUAGUCGCAUAAUUAUUACUCUCUCCCAACCUUUAGCCAGUCCUCUAUAGCCAGUGCUUUGACCAGUUCCGUUUGGCUUUUGCAGAGAUGCGGCCACUAAAUACCAUAAUAAUCCGUUAAAAAGGGCAGCGGUAUGCAAAACUACACAGCUUAACGAAAGUACAAACCACAUCACUCUUUAUCCUGUAGAUUGUCCCUGUAGGUCGGCUAGAGCAGCCACUAUUCUCAAGCCCACUAAGUAAUACACUAGUUGAGGCAUAACCUAUAUCCUAACAGUAAGAUUCUGUAAGACAGAACAUGUGGCAGAAGCGUCAAGAAAAUGCGUGUGAUAAUAACCAGCUAGGUGAUCGGCCAACGGCAACCUCUCCUGAGGUUCCGUGCUACGAUCAGAAUGUCUAGAACUAGGGAAAGGUUAAGAAUUUGUUGAAAAGCGAGGGAUUUUAUAGUAAUGAUUUUGGGGACCUUAACCCAUUACUGUCCUCUUAUCGCUUUCAGUAGUCACUCCUUCCAGCAUGCUGACAGGUUUAAGGGCUACAGUCACCGGAAGUUAUGCUGACGAAUAAUAAUGCUCCUCCCAUUAGCCCCCACUAUGGGGAACGGGGACGCUUUGUCGAUAGCUUUACGCAAUGUCCACACAUCCUCUGGGUGCUGCUACAGGACAACAUAUAUCUAUAUCCAGCAUUGCUAUUACGGCAGUGGAUGGUCCAAACAACUAAAGAUACACAACACAACACGGAGGACGACGAUCAUCAGCAAGGAAGGAAAAACUGAAGUGAAAGCAGGAACAAUACACACUCUUGACCUCUUGAAACUCCUGAAAAGGUUACCAAUCGCUUCUGGAUCUGUCACUCCACCUAAUUUGCAUACUGUAAACCAUUUGUAGAAGAAAAUAAAACUAUCCUUAA